CCUCUCUUCCCCCUUACAUCGUGAACUUCCUCACCCAAGACUUCCCACUCGGCCUACCUAUUCACUCGGCCGCCCGCAUCUGCGCACCGCAUUCGGAAAUCAUUGGGCAGACAGAAGCCCAGGACCCCUCCAGAACCGCAAGACGUGCAGACCGCCAUCUCUUGGUCGCAGAAGAAUAUCCAAAGAAGCAACCAUCAUCGCCACGAAAGCUGUUGAUCCUGUCUGGCCUCCCAAUGACAGUCAGCCACGCAAGCGCCGCAACUCUCCUUCUCGUCCACGACGCUUCGAACCCCGCGAUUCGAUAACAAUCUUCUACCUGCUGUUGGCUGGAAUAGACUGCACCUCGGAUCGUACCGCACGAAAACCUUUGGUUUCCGGCCUCCUUCGGAUCCGAAAUCAGAAGAACCUCCCUAACCGUAGGGCGCGCGCGUUCUCUUUAUCGCCCUACCUGUCGUUUUGUGUUACCGAGAGAUAACCCGCCACCUUUCGUGAUUCAGAAACUUGGCGAACCGGGCCCUAGUCGCAUUUCCGUGCGCAUUCAUUGGAUCAUCUCACCUACGAGAUCGCGGGGCCUACAACGCAAACUCGCACAAAGUGUGGAGGCUUCCAAGCUUUCCAGGCCCGACUAGACACCUUGGCGAAAGCUUGAGUACUUCUCGACUUUUGGAAGCAGAUCUCACGUUUGAGAAAGGCCGCCCAAGAUGCCUACCCUCGCGCUCACAAACUUCAAUAUCCUCGUAGGCUUGUUAGGUGGCUGGAUCUCGCUGUUCGGCCUGGUCUCAUACUUAUGCAAGGAGAACUACUACCUCUCCGAAGCCCUGAUAUCCCUCCUCGCGGGCGUGGCCUUCUCCCCUCCUGCAGCAAACCUCAUCAGACCGCUGGAAUAUGCCGGCACGGAAGAGGAUGUCGAGAGCGUCACCCUCGCCUUCUCCCGCCUUGUCCUCGGCGUCCAGCUCGUCCUCGCCGGCGUCCAGCUGCCCAGCAGAUACCUCCGUACGCAGUGGAAGCCCAUGGCCCUGCUCGUCGGGCCCGUCAUGACCUGCAUGUGGCUCGCAACGUCCCUCCUCGUCUGGGCCCUGGUGCCGCAUAUCCCCUUUUUGCACGCCCUGGCCGUCGGCGCCUGCGUAACGCCCACGGAUCCAGUGUUGUCCAACGUCAUCGUCAAGGGCCGCUUCGCAGACCACAACAUCCCUACGGAGCUGCAGAAUCUCAUCAUCAGCGAGUCCGGCGCUAAUGAUGGGCUGGGUUACCCGUUCCUGUUCUUCGCCCUGUACCUCAUCAAGUACAUCGGCGACGGCGGCAAGCAGGUGUCUGGCGGCGCCGGCUUGGCGAUGGGGUUGUGGUUCGGUGAAACCUGGGGCUAUACCAUCAUCCUCAGCGUCAUCUACGGCGCCGUUGUGGGAUGGCUCGCAAAGACGCUGCUCAGAUGGGCCGAGAAGCGCAAAUAUGUCGACAGGGAGAGCUUCCUCGUCUUUGCAAUCUCCCUGGCGCUCUUCAUCGUCGGGACGUGCGGCAUGAUUGGCAGCGAUGACGUGCUCGCGUGCUUCAUCGCCGGCAACGCUUUUACGUGGGACGACUGGUUCCGUUUGGAAACCGAAGACGACUCCUUCCAGCCGACGAUUGACAUGCUCUUGAACGUCACCAUCUUCAUGUGGUACGGCGCCGUCAUCCCGUGGAACGAGUUCCUUCACAACGACGUGAUCCCCAUCUACCGUCUCAUCCCUCUUGGCAUCUUGGUUCUGAUUCUGCGACGCCUCCCCUUCGUCUUUGCCAUCCACCGCCUCAUACCCCAGAUCGAGCAGGUGAAGCAAGCCAUCUUCGUGGGCUUCUUCGGCCCCAUUGGAGUAUCGGCCAUCUUUUAUCUCUACGUCACAGUCGAAUUCUUGCAUACGCUGAACGAGGGCGAUGAACCUCGUUCGGAUGUUGCUCACCUGCCCGAGAUAGUCAGAGUCGUUGUCUGGUUCCUCGCAGUCUGUAGUAUAGUGGUCCACGGGCUGAGCAUCCCGCUUGGCAAGCUCGGCUAUUACGCUCCACGCUCGCUCUCUCGAGGCAUCUCAUUCAUGAGCGGCGAAGGCGACCCCGAGGGUGGUCCUGAGACCCCUCGACCCGCGUUCCGCAUCCGUGGCAGAGUACUGUAUCCCUUUGGUCGUUCACGAUCCCAAGGUAUUGAAGCAGCGACAGGCUCAGGCUUCAAUAUCGAGUCGCGGGCACAGUCACAGUCACAGUCACAACCCCAAUCCGACAUGGAAGGAGCCAAUCGGCCCAUCUACAGAAUCGGCGGCUCAGUCAUCCCUCCGCAGCCUGCGAGCGCGGACGAGCCGGGCGCGGCCCCUCCUUGGACGAAGCGGGCCGAUCAACCGGAGCAGCCAAAACGUUCAGGCCCCGAAGACGGAGCACUCGUUAAUGGUUCUCAGACAAAAGUGGCUGAUGAGCAACAACAGGUGCAGACGCCACCGCCACCACCAGAGCUCCCAAGUCGUACAAUCCGGUUUCCGGACGAGACACCCGCAGCACCUCGGUGAUUUGCAGAAGCAAAAACAAACCGUGAGGCAGAAGAUUUCGUGUGAUGCAGAACUAUCUUUCUGCAACUGCAGAAGCCUUCUUUUGACUUAGACGUGAGACAAUCAGCCCACGCGGCGGACAGAAUUCCGGAUUACCA